GACUUGGCUCGUCGCCCGUUAUUAUCGUCGCCCGUCUGCGAGGGAGCGAUCUCUCGCGCGAACCUAACGGGGCAAGGUGCAAGGUACGGACGAGCUGUCAUGCCGCGUUUUUGCAACGCGAUGAGUAAUAGGGAAUUGUACAACGUCUCGUCGCGGUAGAGACGCUCGCACCUCGCUCCACUCGCUCCCGUCCGUACGUCGCCGACGUACACCAUGGCCUGGCUCGGCACGAUCGCGAACAACGUGCUGCGGAACAUCGUCUUCUCGGACACGCCGCCGAACGUCGUCCAGGAGGUCCGGCCGGACCAGUACAGCAAUCGGCACAUACACUCCCGCGAGGACGGCAUCGUUCUCUACGGGCUCGGCGGUAAGGACAACAAGUACCAGGACAAGUACGAGAUUGUCCUCCACAGGCCGUGCACGGAGACCCUGCAUCAGGCGUACAGUCUGUUUCGGUCGGACACUCUGGAGGGUGCGGAGGCACGAUUUUUAAUAUAUAAAGACAAAGUUCCUGUGCUUGUGCAGAUAGUGCGCGAGAUGUGUAAUGUUGGGAAAAUUCAAAAACUCUGCGAUACUCUGACGGAACACCCGACAUGGACUCUGGCGCAUUUAGCGGCCUACUUCGCCCUCCACGACGCGUUCAUGCACGCGAUCGUCAACAGCCAGCUCAACAGUGGCGAUUCGGAGACCGGCAUCUCGCCCCUGCAAGUCGCCGUGCAGACCAACAACUUGCGCACCGUCGAGAUGCUGAUAGCGGCAAAGAGCUCACUGGAGCAUCUGGAUCACAAUGCGAACACCGUCUAUCAUUACGCGGCCACGUCCACCAAGGAGAUUAUUCUCGCUCUGGGUUCGGGUCUUCCAAACAGCUUGAACAGCCGCAACAGCAACGGCCACACUCCCAUGCACGUCGCGUGCCUGAAUGACAAACCAGAAUGUGUGAAAGCGCUCCUAUUGAUCGGCGCGGACGUGAACAUACCCGCUUCCGAGGGCCAACCCUCUAGUCCCGGCUACGUUGGUGAUUUCCUGCACAACAAGCCGAACGUGCUCCAUGCGGAGGACAUGAAGUUCGGUGGCACGCCGUUACACUGGUCGCGAAGUCGCGAGGUGAUCACGGCGCUGAUCGACACCAACUGCGACAUCGACGCGCUCAACUUCAACGGGCGCACCGCGCUACACGUGAUGGUGAUGCGCAAACGGCUGCAAUGCGUGGUCGCUCUGCUGAGCCACAUGGCGUCCGUCAACAUCGUCGACAACGACGGCAACACGCCGCUGCAUCUCGCGGUCGAGGCGGAGACACCGGCCAUCGUGCAGGCGCUCGUCGGCUUCGGCGCAGACAUCGACACUCGGAACUGGAAGGCCGAAACGCCCAGGCACAAAGCGAACAUCGACACCACCGAGGGCAACAAGAUAGUCUACUUGUUGCACGCGGUGGGCGCGCAGAGGUGUCCGCCGGACAUGACGGCUUGCCAUCUCGGCUGCAAGCAUGACGAGAACUAUACCGGUAUCGCACCAUCGGAACCGCCGCACUACGUGCCGCGCACGAUUCUCGAUCAGAUGCUUCACGUGUCCGGCAUGGAGAAGAUGGUCGAGCACGGGAACCGUAAGCGAAUCAAGGGCGGUAGGCUUCUUUGUCUGGACGGCGGUGGUAUUCGGGGAUUGGUGCUCAUACAGACGCUGCUGGAGAUUGAAUCGGUGCUGCGCAAACCCGUGGUGCACUGCUUCGACUGGAUCGCCGGCACGUCCACCGGCGGCAUCCUGGCGCUCGGCCUUGCUGCCGGUAAAUCCCUGCGGGAAUGCCAGGCGCUCUACUUUCGCAUCAAGGAGAACGCCUUCGUGGGCUCGCGGCCCUACAGCAGCGAGGGUCUGGAGAAGGUAUUGAAGGAGUGUCUCGGCGCCGACACCGUCAUGGCGGAUGUUCAAAGACCGAAGAUAAUGAUCACCGGCGUGCUCGCCGAUCGUAAGCCCGUGGAUCUUCAUCUGUUCCGCAACUACGAAGCGCCUAGCGUGAUCUUGAAGUUGCCGGAGAACGUGAUGUUCAAGCAGACACUGUCGCCGCGGGAGCAGUUGCUUUGGAAAGCGGCGAGGGCGACCGGCGCAGCGCCGUCGUACUUUCGGGCGUUUGGCCGUUUUCUGGACGGUGGUCUGAUUGCUAAUAAUCCCACCCUGGACGCCAUGACGGAGAUUCAUGAGUACAAUCUGGCUCUGAAGGCUACCGAUCGCGAGAAAGAGAUGGUACCGCUGUCGCUGGUGGUCUCCCUCGGCACGGGACUCAUACCGACCACGUGCAACCUGAAUGAGAUCGACGUAUUCCGGCCGGACAGUCUCUGGGGUACCGCCAAACUCGCAUUCGGUAUCUCGGCGCUCGGCACGCUGUUGGUCGACCAAGCGACAGCCAGCGAUGGCCGCGUGGUCGAUCGAGCUCGCACUUGGUGCUCCAUGAUCGGCGUACCGUACUACAGAUUUAACCCGCAUUUGUCGACGGAGGUCGCCAUGGACGAGAAGAGCGACGAGAUAUUGGUGAAUAUGAUCUGGACCGCGAAGGCGUUUAUGUACGCAAAUCGAGACGUGGUGCAGGAACUGGCGACUCUCAUCGGGCGCGACUCCAGUUUGGAAAAGGACUGAAAAGAGAGACUCGAGGGGUCGAAAGAAAAAAAGUACCUGGUUACAGAAUCACGUUGCGCGCACGUACACACGUUCACGCUUGGUAUAAUUAUAUCGACGAUUUACCGCUGGCUCGGUUAACGAUUGUGUAAUUAGCCUAGCAAUUAUCAUGUUACGUAGCGUGUAUUAUAGUUAACUUCUUCACCGCCACUUGCCAUCGAUGUCUCGACAAAUGUGAUAUUAUAUGUUGUCUUUAUUCCGCUCACAUUGUUGGCAACGUGAUUUGCAAGGAAUGCUGACGUAUAUCUCUUUUUUUCUUUUAUGAUUCCAACUUAGCAGAAAUCACUUUUUGUCCUAGUCACUGAAAAUCUCGCAUAAGAAUACACACAUAGUCAGUAUACAUAUAUAUUUAAUUAAUUUACAUAUAAGUUAUAAAUCUGAUCGUAAGUUCUGUGUUUAAAGC